CGCAAAACGACGCGCAAGAUCGACUGGCGACUAAUCCCCCCUCUCGUGUGCAUGUACUGCAUCAGUUCCAUUGACCGCAAGAAUGUCUCGCUCGCUCGCGCUGCCAACAACGAGGCGAUGCAGGAUGAGCUUGACCUCGGAACCUCGCGCUACAACAUCAUCACUCUUCUGUUCUUCCCGCCAUACAUUAUCUUUGAAUUGCCGUCCCAGCUCGGUCUUCGCAAGUUCGGUCCCCGUUACUGGCUCGGUAGUGCCACGUUCCUGUGGGGCUUGGUUACCAUCGGUCUCGGUUUCUCCAACAACUGGAUUGCCAUGGCUGCCAUGCGCGCACUUCUCGGCAUGUUCGAGGCGUGUCUCUUCCCUGGUGCUGCCUACCUCAUUGCCUGCUGGUACCCGCGCAAGCAGAUGGCCCGCCGCAGCGCUGCGUUCUACAUCACUUCCAUUGCCGUCGGCGGUCUCGGAAACCUCCUCGGUUACGGCAUCUCGAUGAUGCACCGUAUCCAGAACUACUCGGGAUGGCGCUGGAUCUUCAUCAUCGAGGGUAUCUUGACGGUCGUGAUCGCCGUUAUGGGCCUCCUCCUCCUCGUUGACUUCCCGGACCGCUCGACGUUCUUGACGCCCGAGCAGAAGGACAUGAUCAUCACUCGUAUCCACCGCGACCGUGGCGACUCCGAGGCCGACCCCAUGACCAAGGCGAAGUUCAUCUCUUACCUCUGCGAGCCCAAGAUCUGGCUCUUUGCCGUCUGGUUCUGCGUCACCACUCUCGGCACCUACUCGAUGUCCUACUUCCUUCCGCGUAUCCUCCGUGGUAUGGGCUUCACCGACACCAUGUCUCAGGUCCUGCUGGCCCCACCCUACGUCUGGGCUGUGGUCCCCGCAAUGGUCCACGCCUACUGUGCCGACAAGUUCCGCAACAUGCGCGCCUGGAUGAUGCUCUCGGGCUGCUUCCAGUGCAUCCUCGGCACAAUCCUCUACUCGCAGCUCCCCGAGCGCAUGAAGGCUGGCCGUUACGCUGGCACGUUCCUGGCUGUCGGUGCCGCCAACGGAAACGUCGGGCUCAUCAUCUCAUGGUCUCAGUGCUCGAUCCGCAACCAGUCCAAGCGUGGUUUCACCUCUGCUCUCGUCGUCGCCUUCGGCGGUAUCGGCGGUAUUCUUGCCUCGCUCCUCUUCAUGGACAAGGAGGCUAAGAAGGGAUACCCCACUGGUGUUUGGAGCGUGGUCGGCCUCAACUGCUUCCAGGUUUUCACUGUUGUCGGCAUGCGCUUCUUCUUCAAGUACCGCAACAAGCUCGCGGAUGAGGGCAAGGUUGUCAUCGAGGGCGACCCGAAGUUCCGUUACCAGCUGUAAUGGAAGGAGAGAUAGAAGAAACGGGAGCGGGAGGGGGAGGAGGGAGGGAGGAACGGAGGGAUGGGAGUGAGUGUACGGGCAUAUUGGGUUUGUAGCAAGGGACAAGAAGUGCGAGAGAGAGGAGGAGAGGAAGGGAUGUUGUG